AUGGAUUACAAAAAAUUAGCACAAAUUUUCUUUGGAUUCACCUUCACAAUUUCCCUCGUCACACACAUCUCCUAUGCUUAUGGAUACGAUUCCGGCGGAGCUUGUGAUCCUCGUGCAUCCCGCAAAGGACGUGCGCAACUCAUCGCUUCCAUCCCAUGUGAUCUCUCAACGCAAUCUUACUGCAAUUUGCCGGGCAGCGCAUAUCCAUGGCACGCCGUUCGUCGUUUUGUGCACGAAAAUCAAGGCUUAAUGAAACGCAUGUACGGCGACAUCCGACAAAUUUCCGUGCUCAAGAACGAAUUUGACGGCAAUUAUUUGGAAUCCGACGAUUUUGAGGCAGUUUCCGAGCGAUAUUCGAAGAAAAAUUAUCGCGCGAUGAAAUUCACGCCCGAACGAAAUGCCGGAUUGAAGAAAAAUAAUCGCAAAAGUGACACAAUUAUGGAACCGCAUUUCAGAUUGCAAAGCACUUCGACAACGACAACGAAGCAAACAACGACAAGUACAACUAAAAGUACUACAACAACAACUCCAAAACCGACAACGAGCGCAAAUCCCACAGUAACGACGAAAAAGCCGAAUUACAGCAAUUCCAAGGAUUAUUAUUUGCUCACAAACAACGACACGGCUCCAAUUGAUUUCGAAGUUGAAACAAACAAAUUGAAUGUUGGCAGUAACAACGAGACUUUGUUGAGUUUCAGUGAACAAGAUGCCGUUACUGUCGUAACUCUUUCGUCAUCCCAAGCAAGUCAAGAGCAGUUAAUGGCGUCGAAUGAAACGGAAAGUACGACGAAAAGACAUUCGACGACGACAGAAGAAGCAAUUUCAGGCAGUGAAAGCUCCGAGGACUCGUAUGAAACGGGAGAAGAACUCGAAGUGUCAGAGGAAGAUGAUGAAGAAGAAGAUGUAGCACCGACGAUGAAAGGACAAUUGUUCCAAGAUACAGUUCAGAAGCCAGUUCCCAAUCCGCCAAUGAAUGUUAGGGGAGUUAACGCAUGUCCCGUCAAAGAAGAAGUCGUGGCACCAUUUUGGGCCAACAACACACGCGGCGAAACUCUCGCCUUGCUAAAUCUCUAUCCUUUCGAGCAAUACGUGCAUUGGGAAAAGUGCACGAACGAGCACAAGCAAAUGUUUUGUCGUGACGGAUGUCGAUGCGAACAACAAUUCUCACUCCAUCGAUUGCUUGCCUACGAUCCGCACAACGAAUGUCGCGGAAUUUUCUCCGAUUGGUUCAAAUUUCCGUCGUGCUGUGUUUGCAAGUGUUACGACAUUCCCUUCGACUAUCGCGUGACAUCGCGCAGUCCUCGAUCGAUUCAACCGGAAAAAUCGCCGCUGGAAGAAGCUCAAGCGACGGUGCAUCAAGCCAUGUACGAACACAGCGUCGACGAGUUUUAUCGCCCAAAAGACUUUAACAUCUACGAGGAAGAAGACGAAGAGAAUUGA